AUGUCGGAAUCCUCACACGAUGAGAUGGCCGAAAGCCAUCCCCGUGUAACCAAUCUCCAAAGACAAAAUACCCGCCUCAGCCGUGCCUCUACUCGCCGGACCUUAGAACGAUAUGAGACACGGCCGACACAAGACGCUGCAGAUGUUCUGGACCUGCCUUAUGACAUGUUGAGAGAAGAAGCCGACAUGGCAGAGUACACGGAAGAAACAGCCACAGGUAUCAUACCGAAACGAACAAUCUCAAGAGUCAGUGGUAAGCCGGAGGAGCACGAGCUGGUUACGUUCAAAAUCAAUGACCCUGAAAAUCCAAAAAACUGGUCAAAGCCUUACAAAUGGUGGUGCACCAUGGUCGUAGCCUUUACCUGCUUCGUUGUUGCCUUCAACAGUGCUGUUAUCACAGCUGAUCUUGAGGGCGUCUCGGAGACCUUUCAUGUCUCGAUGGAGGUCUCACUGUUGACAAUCACCAUGUUUGUUAUCGGAUUUGGUGUUGGACCUCUCGCCUUCGCACCGCUUUCAGAGAUGUACGGCCGCAAACCGGUGUACAUCAUCACCAUUGCCCUGGCCGUCAUUUUCGAAAUCCCUUGCGCAGUCGCACAGAACAUCGGUACUCUCCUAGUUUGCAGAUUAAUUGAUGGGAUCGCCUUCUCGGCUCCUAUGACACUCGUCGGAGGUACACUGGCAGACCUCUGGAAAAAUGAGGAGAGGGGAGUGCCUAUGGCUGUUUUCUCAGCAGCACCCUUCAUUGGUCCCGCCAUUGGGCCCCUCGCUGGAGGUUACCUUGGAAUGGCUAGUGGAUGGAGGUGGUUGUACUGGAUCCAAUUGAUCCUGUCCGGGAUCUGUUGGCUGCUUCUCACUUUUACCAUCCCGGAAACGUAUGCACCAGCCCUCUUGGACCGACGUGCCAAGCAACUGCGUAGAGAGACAGGCGAGUCGAAGUACGUGACUGAGAAGGACCUCGACACUCGGCCAUUCGGCGAACGGCUGCGCAUCAUCCUUAUUCGACCUUUGCAACUUCUCUUCUUGGAGCCCAUUGUUCUUUUCAUCUCACUGUACAUGAGUGUCCUAUAUGGACUGUUGUACAUGUUCUUCGUCGCCUACCCAAUCGUUUACGUCAACGGGAAAGGCUGGUCCGAAGGCAGCACUGGGCUCAUGUUCAUCCCGUUGGCCCUUGGAGUACUCAUGUCUGCAGCUCUUUCUCCACUCAUCAACAAGCACUACCUCAGCCUCUGCGAACACGCGUCCUCCAGCAAACCGGCAGCAGAAGCGCGUCUCAUCCCAAUGAUGUUCUCGUGUUGGCUCAUCCCCAUAGGACUAUUUAUCUUCGCCUGGACCUCAUAUCCCGAGCUUUCGUAUUGGGGACCGAUGAUGGGUGGAUGGCCUGUUGGGUUCGGAUUCAUCUUCCUGUACAAUUCAGCCAACAACUAUCUCGUUGACACAUACCAGCAUCAAGCUGCUAGUGCACUUGCGGCCAAGACUUGCAUCAGAAGCUUUUGGGGCGCGAGCGUCGUUCUCUUUACAGAGCAGAUGUAUGAUCGUCUCGGUUAUCAAUGGGCAAGUUCGCUUUUGGCAUUUAUUGCCCUUGCUUGCUGUUUGAUCCCAUUCGUAUUUUACUUCAAGGGCGCGGCGAUUAGAAAGCAUAGCAGAUAUGCUUUUGCGGAUGACGGGGAUGAGAAGAUCGGCAUGGAGAAAGUGUGA